AUGGCUCGUAAAAGAAUUCGAUUGCGUCUAGAUGAUCUCCCAGAUAGUUUGCUGACGAUCAUUCUGAGUAAAAUUCCUUUUAAGCAAGCAGUGUGUUGUUCUGUCCUUUCUAAAAGAUGGAAAUCCCUUUGGACUGUCUUGCCCAGUCUAAAAUUUUCAUCAGGAGAUUUCUCUCCUUCCUUAUGUAGCCGUGCUGUUGAUGAUAUUUUUAAGCUUCAUUCUGGUCUCCUUGAACGUUUUGAAUUUAGCAUUUUGUCCUUCUGUACAAGUAACAAGAUUUGUGAGUGGAUUCGUUGUGGUGCUCUGAAAGAUGUGAGAGAGAUGAAUAUUAAAGAGAGCACCUUACAUCCCUAUGAGGUUCCCAUCUCCAUUUUCUUAUGCAACAGCCUCAGAUUUUUGGUUCUCAGUAAUUUUCUUCUCACAAAUAUACCCGACUCUUUUGCUGGCUUCUCUGGUUUGGCAACACUCAAUAUGUAUAAUGUGGAGGUUAAGGACAAGACCAUUGAACGGAUGUUGCAUUUAUGUCCAGUUUUAGAAAUUUUAAUCCUCUAUGAUUGCAAUGGACUCGAGAGAUUAAAGAUAUAUUCAGACAAUCUUAUUUCUCUCAAUCUAUCCUCUAAAAUUGAUGGAUUAAAGACAAAUUGUCCACGGUUGGAGAACCUUAUUAUAGUAAAACACAGAAUGAGAAUUAUGGUUGAGAUGGAAUUUUACUUGACAGCAUGUUUAAGUCUAUGCACGGACGUUUCACUUGAAAGGUUCACAACUCUAAAGUCACUGAGAAAUAUUACCUUGUUAAACUUCAUUUCUAAGCUUGAUGUAAAUAUUCUAAGGGAAUUUCCUGAUUUAGAACAAAUGUGCAUAAACAGCGGUGAUUGUUCUCAGUUGGAUUACAAUGAUUGGCAGUUCAAGAACUUAUUCCCGGAAAUCUCAGCAACUUUUUCACUGGAAAAUCUAAGGAGGGUUCAUCUGAAUAUGACCUUAUUCUAUGACCCUGUACCUCUACUUACCUGUCUUCUUCCACAUGCUCCUGCCAUGAAAACUUUAUUAGUUUCCCGGAAGAAAGGAUUCGAUGGCAUUAACGCUCUGCAAUUUCUCAACGGAUUGUUGAAAUUUCAACGAGAAUAUACAGAAAUUGAAAUCGUCUUGUCACGGAAUUAUUUAAAGAAAGAGACAUGUCUCAACUGUGCUCUCUAG